GGCGGCUGAGGGAGCGGCGCCGGGGACGGGGAGGGCAGCGGCGGCCAGCGGGACCGCGCACCGCGGGCCAUGGCGGCGGCAGCGCCGGGGGGCUCCAACUGGGGCCUCAUCAUGAACGUGGUGAACAGCAUCGUGGGGGUCAGCGUGCUCACCGUGCCGUUCUGCUUCCGACAGUGUGGCAUUGUCCUGGGAGCUCUGCUGCUGAUGUUCUGUUCCUGGAUGACUCAUCAAUCCUGCAUGUUCCUGGUGAAGUCGGCCAACCUCAGCAAGCGCAGGACCUACCCCGGCCUCGCAUUUCACGCCUAUGGAAAAGCAGGAAAAAUGUUGGUGGAAACAAGCAUGAUCGGGCUGAUGCUGGGCACCUGCAUCGCUUUCUACGUUGUCAUUGGGGAUUUGGGGUCCAACUUCUUCGCCCAGCUGCUUGGAUUUCAGGUGUCGGGCAGUUUCCGCAUCGUCCUGCUCUUCGCCGUCUCGCUGUGCAUCGUCCUUCCCCUGAGCCUGCAGCGGAACAUGAUGGCCUCCAUACAGUCCUUCAGUGCCAUGGCGCUCAUCUUCUACACCGUGUUCAUGUUUGUGAUUGUGCUGUCGUCCUUCAAGCACGGCCUGUUCAGCGGGCAGUGGCUGCAGAGAGUGAGUUACGCCCGCUGGGACGGCAUUUUCCGCUGCAUCCCCAUCUUUGGCAUGUCCUUCGCCUGUCAGUCUCAGGUCUUGCCUACCUACGAUAGCUUGGAUGAACCGUCUGUUAAAAUCAUGAGCUCCAUAUUUGCCUCUUCCCUAAAAGUGGUCACCACCUUCUACAUUACGGUGGGCUUCUUUGGCUACGUGAGUUACACCGAGGCCAUUGCUGGGAACGUCCUCAUGAACUUCCCUUCCAACCUGGUGACGGAGAUGAUCCGAGUGGGAUUCAUGAUGUCGGUAGCCGUGGGCUUCCCCAUGAUGAUCCUCCCGUGCAGACAGGCGCUCAACACCCUUGUCUUCGAGCAGCAGCAAAAAGACGGCACCUUUGCUGCUGGGGGUUACAUGCCCCCCCUUCGCUUCAAAGCCCUGACACUGGCGGUUGUGUUUGGAACCAUGGUCGGAGGCAUCAUGAUCCCGAACGUGGAAACAGUCCUGGGCCUGACAGGUGCUACGAUGGGAAGCCUCAUUUGUUUCAUCUGCCCAGCUCUUAUUUACAAGAAGAUCCACAAGAAUGCACUUUGUUCACAGAUGAUACUGUGGAUUGGCCUGGGCAUGCUGGUCAUCAGCACAUACACCACCCUGUCUGCAACAGAGGACACGCCGGUGAAGGCAGAGGCGGUGGGCUUGGAGCACCUGGACAGAGAGGAGAGCAGAAUUGAUCAGGAUCCAGUUAAGAUCCCAGAGCAGAACCCGGCGGUGGAGGAGGCAGAGGAUGAGGAUGGUCGUGAUAAACCGAAGCUGCUGGGAGGGAAGGAGGAGAUGGAGCAGCCACAAAUCAAGGUGCCCAUGGAGGUACCCAAGAGAGAGGAGGAGGAGGAGGAGAGAGGAAAUCCAGAGCAGAAGGUGCAGCUGGACCGUCCUGAUCAAGGGAUCGCCCUGCCCGUGGGGGAGGCGCAUCGCCAUGAGCCACCUGUCCCCCAUGACGAAGUGGUUGUGGACAUGGGGCGGGAGCGGGAGGAAUCCGACGAGAACAAACCGGUGCCCGGAGGAGCCCAGGAUGGGCUGCACAAGCCAGCGCUGGAGGAGCCGGCUGUGCCCCGUCCCCAGGAAGAGGCACUCGGCCUGAAGCAAGGGAAGGAGGCGAUUGCUGAGAACCAAGUACAGGGAGGCACUGACGAGCCCCUCAAGGACCCGAAGAAGCCGCCCGAGGUGCUGGUGCAGCAGGGUGGCAGGCUGCCGUACAAAGAGCUGGAGCCAGACAAACAAGCGCUGGAAGCCAAGCUGGACGGUGAGAGGAAAGCUGAGGCUGCAGCUGACAGGGAGAAAUCAAAGCUGCAGCCCCCCAGGAGAGCAGAGGAGGCCGUGAAGUCCGUGGGGAAGGAAGCCGACCCUGGUGAAAGGCAGGAGGCGCCCGUCCCACCCAGGGCAGAUCAGCCUGAGCACAGGGAAGCCCGAAACACAGAGGAGAAGCAACAGGAGAACGCAGAGAGCAAACGGGAGGAAGCAGGGCAGGAGAAGCUGCUGGACCACGCUGCGCUGCUGCAGGUGAUCAAGGAGCAGCAGGUACAACACAAGCAGCUACUUGACCAGCAGGCAAAGCUGCUGGCUGUCAUUGAAGAGCAGCACAAGGAGAUCCACCAGCAGAGGCAGGAGGAGGGAGGAGAAGAGAAGCCAAGGCAAGCAGAAACGCAGCAGGAGCCUGCCGUGCCUGUUCCCAGGAGCAAGGAGGACGAGGCCCUUGGAGCGAGGGAAGAAGCUGCUGCAAAGCCACCGGGCAAAGAGCCGUGGGAGCAGCGUGUGCCGGGCCCGGGCAGGCAGCCCGCUGGGGGCACAGAGCUGCGCAGGGGCACGGCAGGAAGGCUGGACGGGGCUGGGCACGGGCCUGAGAUUCCUGGGGUUCCUCCCAAGGAGAAGAAGGUGCUGCCACAGGAAAAGGACAGAGCUGUUCAAAACCCUGAGGAGAAGCAGGAUCCCCUCCAAGGGGAUGCCCAGCACAUUCCAGCAGCCAGAAACCACCUCGAGACGAAGCCCUUGGCGGAGGAGCUGGGAGGAGAUCGUGAAGCCAAAGCUGGAAGAGACAUCCACGAGAAGAAUUCUCUGAAAGCCGUGGAAGUGGCUACAGCUCCCAUCCAAAGAGAACAGCUGGGGGCUGCCAAAGUUCAGGGAGUAGCAGGAAAGAUUCUGGAAAGAGACUUGGGAAUAGACUUUAAAGCCAAAGUAGUGAGUCAGGUGGAGCCCAAAGACCUGGCGCCGGACUCCUCCAGUAAAAGGAACGUGGCAGAGGGCGAGCAGCACCCAUGGGAGCGUCAGAGGGGUGCAGGGGCUGGUGGGCGACAGGCAGCCUCACCGAGGGACCUGGCUGGCAGAGCAGGGGAGAAGGAAGAAGCCCCUCGGGAGAAGGUGGUGGAGGUGGCCCCAGAGCCGCAGGGAGGGCUGCAGAGCAAGCAGAGGCACGGCCACGGCGGGGUCGCAAACGAUGCUGAGAAGAAACAAGGCUCUGAGAAUGCUCCUGCCCAAAAACCUGAGGAAGGAGCCGCUGCCGAGGGGAACCAGAAACCAGAGCACGAUGUCAAACCAAACCGGGACCUCAAGCUGCAGGCGGACCUGGACCUGCGCCGGAGGAGACGGGACCUGCUGCCUCCCGAGGAGGAGGAGGAGGAAGCGGCUGCACGGGGAGGGCAGGUCCUCAUCGGCCUCAACCCCCUUCCAGAUGUGCAAGUGAACGACCUGCGGAGCGCCCUGGAGACGCGUCUGCGCGGCGUGGCGGCCGGGGCCGAGCAGGUGGUGCACAGCCGGGGCAUCAAGCAGGUGGCGCGGGCGGGCGGCAGCGGCUGAGCAGGGGCGGCUCUCCGCGGCGGCUGCGGGCGCUGGGCUGCGGAGCUCUGCAGGGACGGGUCGAGUUCAGCGGCUGUGUCUGGCCGGGUGCAGGGCUCAGGCUCACAGAGCCUCCCUGAACUGUGGGCGCCGGCCGGGGCUCCGUGGGCUGCAGCCACCUCCCUGCCUGUGCCUGUGGAGCUGGUGACCACGAAGGCGAAGCUCCCGCUGUGCUCCAGCUUUCAGGGGUUGCCCUCGGCCCCAGGCCCCUGCCCUUACGGCUUUCUUCUCAACAUCUCGUUCGUAUCGAAUUGCCUUCUCCAUCCGCCUCUCCACUCCAGGUCUGAGGUGUCCUCCCCCAGGCUCCCCUCCUGCUGGGGAAGCCUUCCCCAGGCUCUGCCCUUGGCUUCCUGUGCCCCAGCCCCCGGGGCUGUGGGACAGAGGUGAGGGGAACCGGGGGCCGGACAGCUCGGGACAGGCUUCCCUCUGCAGGAGCAUCCAGGGGUGAGCUGAGGACCAGCUUAGCCAAUUGCUUUGGUGUCUCUCCCAAAGUGGGAGUCUUGCAUGUUUAGGAGAUAGCUGUGGUUUAGGUUAGUAGCUGCCUUAAACGGGCACAGCGCUGCUGUUGUGCUGCCUGCUCUCCCAGGGAGCUGUGUGGCAGCAGCGCGGGGCUGUGCUCCGCUCGCUGCGCUCCUCCUGCCCCAAGUGCAUUACGACGCUCAGCCCGGGGGCUGCGGGCUCACCUCUCACACCCCUUCCCAAAACAGCUUCGUUUUUCCACCAGAGAUGACUAAUUUGGGAGCAAAGGAUGUGGCUGAACGGGGCUGGCUCGGGGGCUCGGCCCAAGCGCACCUACCUCUUCCCUCUGUGUCACGGAGGAGCCCGUUUGUCCUGUGUGUCCUCCCCGGCCCCCUCUGUGCUGUUUUAUAUCCCUGGAUGCCAGCUCCCCGCCCCUGGAAGUGGAUUUUACGAGCAAGGAAGAGCUGCCACGAGAGCCCUGGUUCUUCCCAGGCUCUCAGACGGUGAUUCAUCCCUUUGGGGUGGGGUUUUGUUUCUUCUUGUUCUGUUUUUACAUCCUGACUUGCGAAUGUAGGAAACUGAAUCCCAAAGCUCUCGCUAGAAGGGCUGAGACUUCCCAGCCUGGAGCCUACAGACCUCAUCACUGUGCUGGUUUUUGUACCUGUCUCUCUUAAGUGUCUUUGGUGAACUCGCCCUGUGUCACCAGCCAGGACUGGGACCCGUGUUCAGCCUCUGGCUCGGGGCCCUCAGGAACUCUGCUGCCGCCUGCCCUCUGCCUCUCGUUGGAUGUCGCCUCCAUUGCUCGUUAAAGUGACUCAGAGCCACAGGGCAACAGCCACGGGCCCAAGCAUUUCUUCAGGAGAGCCACCCGCCCGUGUCUCCGUGGCCUCAACCCUCAGGAUUGCCCCACGAGCUGCUCCACGCACAAGUGACACAGCCAGGAGCCAGGGGCUGCGAGGGCAGAGCCUGCAGCACGUCCCUGGGGCUGUGCUGGGGAAGAUGACCCCGAGCUGUGUCCCCUGCAGCACCAACCAGCCUUUCCAAAGUGAGAGGGACCUGGCUGUGCCCUGCCAUGCCCUUUGCUGCUGGCCAGGGCCCAGCCUGAGCUGUGCUGGGCAGGGGGAGGUCGGGCUCCUGCCCUGCAGGGUCAGACCUGCCCGGGGGUGGGUGAACACAAAGGACCAAAGAUGCUCCCGAUGUUCUCUGGGAGCUGGGAACAGUGUAGCACCCCCUGAGCUGGGCUGGAAGGAGCUGCCUCACCUCAGCCUGACAGGGUCUGCCCAUCCCAGUGUGGGGGACAGUGGAGGGGAAACUGAGCUGAUAAUUAAAUAAGCUGAAGCAUUUGGA